GCGGGCUGGGGGGGCCGGCGGGAGGGAGGCCGCCAUGGCAUCGCUGUUCCCGGCUACGGGCGCAAGGCGAGCGGGCGGAGGGGACGACUGCAGCUCGGGAGAAGAGGAGAGGGCGGGCGCGGCCGUGGCCGUGAUGGUGGUGGGAGGGCUGGGGGAGUCUCCAGGCCCCGGUUCCGAUUCGGAGAGCUACUCGCCCUCCUCCCCGCUGAACCUGGCCGAGCAGUUCGAGAGGGCGGUGCAGCGCGUCCCGAUGCUGGUGGCCGCGGCCGGCAAGGAGCAACUCCUCUACUUGUACGCGCGCUAUAAGCAGGUCAAAUGUGGUCGCUGUAACAUUCCCAAACCUGGAUUUUUUGAUUUUGAAGGCAAGCAGAAAUGGGAAGCUUGGAAAGCAUUGGGUGACACAAGUCUUGAGCAGGCAAUGCGAGAGUACAUUGAUGCUGUGAAAAAAUUGGACCCUACAUGGAAUGCACAGAUAUCAGAAAAGAAAGGAAAGGAAGGAAAAUCUGUAUAUGGAGGUCCAGUUGUCAGCUCAUUGUAUCAAGAAGAAACCAUCAGAUGCCUGCUUCAAGCUUUAAAGGAAGGACCAAGAAGAAAUAACUCACUAGCUCCGGAAGAAGAUAAGAACAUAUUUGACUAUUGCAGAGAAAAUAACAUUGACCAUGUAACCAAAGCCAUCCGAUCAAAAAAAGUUGAUGUGAACACAAAAGAUGACAAGGGUAGAGCUUUGCUGCAUUGGGCAUGUGAUAGAGGACAUAAAGAACUUGCUACAGUACUUCUCCAACACACUGCUGAUGUUAAUAGCCAGGAUGAUGAAGGUCAAACAGCAUUACAUUAUGCUUCUACCUGUGAAUUUUCUGAUAUUGUGGAACUGUUGCUUCAGUCUGGAGCUGACCCUACCCUUCGGGACACGGAAGGAUACUUGCCUGAGGAGGUGACAGACUGUAGAGUAAUCACCUCUAUGCUCCAGGAACACACAGCCGGCAAAGCUUAACUGCAAGGCCAAGGAAGUGAAGCCCAAAGCUUUCAGAAUGGAAGAAAAGCUGUAAUAAAUCCAUCCUUCUCCUACUACUUACUCUGCACAAAGCAUAAGGAUUGGAAUUGGUUGAACGAAAGUGCUUGGUAUUGAUACGUAUUUGGAAAGCCAAAAAGAAAGUAGUGGACUGUGAUUCACACAGCCUACUAUCUACCAUGUGAAAAAUAACCUCAGCCAUAGUUUGUGACUUGCCGUUUGCUUAAUAGUUCCCCACCCCUUUUAUUUUUUGGCAGUCUUAAAACCAAUAAAAAUGAUAUAUUGGAUUUCUACUAUUGUGUCAGAUGUAGCUGUAAGAGAAGUUCAGUUGGAUAGAUUGCACACUAUAAGCCUGAUACAGCAUGAGGCUUACUUCACUAACAGGAGUUUCAUCGUGUAUGGAAGCUGCUGAGAAAAAAAAGGAACUAUACGGAAGCUGAAGUCCUGUGUGUUCCUUCUUGAGAAUAAGCCCUAAUUAGACACACAAAUAGUGUUGAACUUGCUUUCCCAAGUGGACUUAAGGACUAGCUUCUUAUUUGCUCCAUGCAACUGGAAGGAAAGGAAGAUACAACUGCUGGAUAGGGGAAAGGAAGAUAUAAGCCAGUUUGUAGAGCUUUUUUCCCCAAAAUGUUAACAGUGUUAUUAUUUAUAUUUUUUUGAAAUCAGAAUUAGAAGUACUGUACUUCUCUAAGAUCUAAAAAUAAAGGUAGUGGGCUUUUUUUCCUUGAUCCUAAACUGGUUAGCUAAGUAGUUGCUGUGUUAUUAAACUAUGAGAACUGAUAGGCAUGUUAAUUGUGUAUAUCUCUCUGUUUCUGGUAUAAAAAUACUUUCCCGCAUGAUAUGAGAUAUAUAAAAAUGUUUCUGGAAUGUUUCUCUUUUUCCACCUGCCAUUAAACCAAA